CGACAGCAACGUCCAACAUGGCGGCGUCUCCGCUCCGGGUGAGCGGCGGCUUCACGGCGGACAGAUACUGGACAGAGGACAAGGAGCGCGCGCUCAUCGCCUUCUUCUCUCAGCACAGCUGUCUGUGGAACCAUAAGUCGGAGAGCUACAAGAACCGAGAGCUGCGAUGGAAAACCCUGGAACACCUGAGAGUCCUUCUGUCCUCACACCCCCCGUCUGUCCCCUUCACAUUGGAGGACAUCAAGAAUAAGUUCAAGAAUCUUCGUACCACCUUCCAGCGUCAGUACAAGAUGGUGAAGGCGAGUAAAGUGUGUGGGACGCAGGAUGUGUUUGUGCCGCAGUGGAAGCACUACCAGCAGCUCAUGUUCCUGCAGGGCUGCUGGGAGCAGGAGGAGGGCGCCGACGAGCCGCCGUCGCCUCUGAGUCUUCCUCAGGACGAGUCCCUGUCUGUCCUCACGUCCUCAGGAGCCGUCAUCUCCUUCAUUCCCAAAGCGAUCACCUCGUCCUCCUCCUGUGUCUCCUCUAGCUUGACGGUGAAAUGUUGCUGGACAGAAGAGAAGGAGCGAGAACUGAUCGACUUCUACGCCGAACACGGUUGUCUGUGGAACAAGAAGUCUGAAAACCACAACAACCGUCUGCUGCGUCUGAGGCUGCUGGACGCUCUGAAGGUCCAGCUGUCUGACCACGCUGUGUCCUUCUCAGUUGAAGACGUGAAGUGCAAGUUCAAGAACCUCCGGACAGUUUUUAACCGUGAACACAAGGUGGCGCAGGCGAGCAGAGGCUCCGCCAAACCCUACGUGUCUAAAUGGAAACACUAUCAGCAGCUGCUCUUCCUCUGCGAGUCCUGCGACGAAGACGACGGUGUCAUGGACGAGCUGCACAUACUCAUGACACCAGAGGACAAGGACGUGGAGCAGGGCGACCUGACGCCGUCCUCCACACUCAGCACCUCCUCCAGGAGCUCCAUCAUCACCGCGGGCGUCUCCUCCUCAUCCUCAGCUCCCAGCAGCUCCACACAGAACAACGCCAGGAGCGGCUGUAACUCCACGUCUCCACACGGUCUUGUCCAGGGAAGUCAACCUUCUGUUCGCACUCGUCCAUCGUCUCCAUCGAAGUCCUCUGCUCUGAGUUUCACUGUUUCUGUUCCUCUGGAGUCAGACUCACGCUGCCACUGGACUGAGGACAAAGUCCAGCAGCUCAUAUCCUUCUACUCGGAGCACAGCUGUCUGUGGAACCACAGUUCUGAGAGCUACAGGAACCGUCUGCUGAGGCAGAGUCUACUGGAGACGCUGAGCAGCCUCCUGUCUGACAGUGAGACCGUGUCCUUCACAGUGGAGGACAUCAAGACGAAGUUCAGGAACCUGAAAACCACGUUCCAGCGUGAACACAAAUCUGUGAGCGCCAACAAAACCUGCGGCUCCGAGGACUUUUAUCUUCCCAAGUGGAAAUAUUUCCGAGAGCUGAUGUUUUUGUGCGACUCCUGUGAUGAGGACGACAUUCCCGGAGACAUUCCCACCCCCCAGGCCCCACCCCCCUGCCUCUACUACCACGCCAACAGUCAAACAUUCACAAAGCUGCAGCAGGGCUUCGACGCCCCGCCCUCGCCGACGCCCCCGGACUCCCGCCACUCCUCCCCCUUCUCCUCCCCGUCGGCGUCCUCCUCCCACACCGACACCCGGACAUCUUCGGCACGCAAGCGUGCAUGCUCGCGGGCUCCGCCCACCGCCGGGCAAAUGCUGGACGUGAUGAGGAUGUUCUGUCAGAGUCAGGCGGCGGUGGCGCCGCACGCCGGUUUCCUGAAGUACGUGGAGGAGUGUCUGAACGAGACGCCGCCGGACAAAGUGAGGAAGAUGAAGAAGAAGAUCAUCGAGACGAUUCACGGCGUCGCUGAAGAACUUUAGUACGUUUAUUCCCCUCGCUCGUCUCUGAACCUUCACGUUUCUCCACGUACGCACGCUUGGUUUUCCUUUACUGUAGUACUUCCUCAACGUGGGCGGAGUCAAGACAGCACGGCUGUAACGUGGUUUUCUGUGCGACACAAACACAAAGAAUUUAAAAGAUUAUUAUUAUUAUUAUUAUUAUUAUUAUAAUAAAAGAUGAAUAUUUAGUCUAAAGUCUUUUACUGAAAACUAUUCUCACUGUAAAUGUUUCAGAUUAUUCCUUUAAAGAGCCUCACGUGAAAUAUGUAUGACAGCGAUCUCUAGCAUUUAAAACGACUUCUGCAGUCCCAGUACAAAACACUGGAGGGCGCUGUUCACACACAAACAUCAUUUUCAGUCACAAAGUGACACAGAAAGAUUUUAUGAAUUAUGAAUUUACCUUUAAUUGUAGUUUCUAACACUCUAAUUAUAUUUCAGGAGUAGCUGUUGAAUUGAAUUAAAUGAAAUGAAAUGAAAUGAAAUGAUUAAAAUAAAAGUAUUAAAGUGUGCAGGUUCACUGGGUUAUUCCAGUUCAUAAACUGCAGAUAAUCUGAGGUAAUCUUACAUAGACGUGCAUUUUAUUCCGUUUAAUGUUCAACUCUUUUUUUUUUUUCACUUUGUGUAGAGCUGGAAAUGACACAGUUUUUAUUGUUCUUUUUUGUUGUGCAACAGCCAGCAGGUGACACUGUCUUUGUCUCUGAACUGCUCUGUGAUUGGUCACAAUCUCCCUGUGACAUCACAGAUUUAAUGUAACCGCAAAACAAGAAUUUACGAAUUUAGCUCUUAAAAAACUUUCAGAGUAAUUUAAAAUCUAUCAUUUACCUCCUAAUUUAUUCUGUGUAGCCUUUGUUACCAAAACAUCAAACUCGUCAGUGACUUUGUUUACAUUAACAGUAGUCAGAUUAAGAUAAUAGUCUGAUUGAGAUGGUAGUCUGAUUAAGAUAACAGUCAAAUUAAAAUAACAGUCUGAUUGAGAUAAUAGCCUGAUUAAGAUAACACAUCAAAAUAACAGAGUAAGAUAAUAGUCCGAUUGAUCUAAUAGAGUAAGAUUAUAGUCUGAUUAAGAUAAAUCAGAUUUAAACAUGGAAUUCAGAUUAUCCUACUCUAAAAAAGUAGUAAUCAGACUAAGACUAAUAUGGAGUACAUUAUGGAAAGGUGUAUUAAUCUUAAUCAGAUUCUAAUGCUAUAAUAAUCAGACUAAGGUGUUUUUUGUAUAAAAACAUGAACAUAAUUACAGUUGAAGUCAUAUUUAAUGAUUUAUAUAUAUAUACAUAUAUAAUCCAGAGUCAGAUUAUGAAACGAUCACAGACUUCAAAUGUUUAAGAAACACUUAAAUGUUGUUUGAAGUUGAAUGUUUUAUUUUCAUUUUUCUAUUUUUAAGAUCCUCAUCAUGUUCUGUAAAUCUUUUAUUUUGUUGAAGUGUUUAAAAUGUUCUGUUGAAAGGUUUUGUUGAAGUUUAAAUGAAGCAAUAACGUUUAUUAUUUUUUCUUUUGUGUGAAGACACAUUUAUAUUAGUUUGACUCUGUGCCUUAUCACCUGGAAAUGUGCAGGAAAUCAGCUCUUUAUAUAUUUAUUAUAUAUCAUAAAUAUUAAAAGUAUGUUUACACAGAAAGCUGCAGAAAGAUUUUUCCGUUUUUAUGUAAAGUUUAAAUUUUACAGGCUUCGAUUUAAAGAAAAUAAUUGUAAACAUUAAAUAAAAAAUAUUAUAUUUUUUGACUAAUAAUAUAAUGUAAAACACCAUUAAUCUACUGAUGGCACUACUGAGCCAUGUUGCACUACUUACUAACCUAUUUCCUUUCUUUCAAAACUUUUGUUUAGCCAGUCCUGAUUUGUGUUUUCUUUGCUUACGCAAGCGUUUAGUGUCGCAAAAAAUGCCAUCAUCAAAUCAUUGGCAGUUCAUUCCUGGCCCACCAGGGGGCCACAGCCCACACUUUGGGAACAUAAAUCAUGAGUUGCUCAGCUCUGAAUCUAUUUUCAAUUUUAUAAAAUUGUACAAUUUUUACAAAUCAAGUUUUUUUUUUUUGCUUAAUUUGACAGCAGUAAAAAA